AUGAAGGGCACCACUUUGUGUACGGAAGCUUUUGGAGAGCUCUCCGUAUACUCUUACACGCCUGGAAGUCUGGGAAUACAGGGAGCUUAUUAUGUUCACAAACUUCCGAGGCAUUCCUUCGUGGAGAGGCGUGUCGAGCAGAACGGACCGGUCAACCGAGUCACAUGCGCCUUGGAAAUCCAGAAACACCAGAACUGCGGGUCGUUUAUACCUAUGGCGUUGUUUUUGCACCCACCGAAGUUUGACGAUUUGCUCAGUGCAACUCCUACCAAGCCGGAAUCCCGCUCGCUGCUCUUGAGUCAGUGUUUAUCGAGCCACCAUAAAGCGACGAAGCACUACCAAUGCCAACAGUCUCGUUAUGACCGGGGUCAAGCCUGUGAUUGCCACAAUCUCUACGUACUCCAUUUUCGAAAAUUGCCACUAUCAUCGACUGUACCCAGUUGCCUGGGACAGAUUCCAUGCGAUGGCCUGUGUGGCAUGAGUUUAUUUUUAUAUGUGCAGUUCAUGGUUGUACGCUGUGUGCCCCAGGCUACAGUAAGGGCUGUGUUGUUGUGUGGAUGCAAGACGUGGCCUCUGCGGACAAAUGAUGUGAGACGUACUCAUGUAUUUGACCACCGAUGCCCCAGAAGCGUGACUGGAGUCGGAUGGCGUCAACGUGUUAGUAACGACGUGAUUAGAAAACGGGUAUUUGGUUAUGCAGUAAUUCAUUCGGGGAAUACAUCCAGCACCACCAACUACGAUGGCUGGGCCAUGUGCUACGCAUGCCGAAACACCGUCUACCGAGACGGAAGUUUUUCUCCGUGCCUCGUUCAGAAUGGCUCAAACUGCGAAGAGGCUAACAAGAGUGUGAAAGAGAUUAGGAGGAGUUUGGGUGGUGUUGGUGUUAUACAUCUUCCAGGAUGGGGUCCCCAUGACCCCACUUGUGGUUUACAGGAGACGUUGCGAGAAAUGGUGGCUAAUCAUUACCAGUGGCGUUCGUGCUGUCAGGUUCUUUCCAGAUUGCUGAUUGAGCGUUUGGAGUUCAAGCUCAACUGUGAUGGUCAUUGCCGUCUUUCUGGAUGGGGACCCCGAAAUGGACCACAUCAAUGGUUAGAGACAUUGUCAGACAUGGCGCAGUCACGACCUCAAUGGCGCUUGUGCAUCCAAGCUAUUGCCUUCAAUGCAUAG